AUGUACGGCAGUCGUCGUGGUAUGCGCGUGCCCUGUGCAACUCGAUUAACACUUGCCGUGAUCCAGUCUGACACCCAUUUUGGCCGGUCGCAAAUACAGCCCAGUCCCUUUGUGGUGGUCUCCGACGCUAUGCAGUCACAUGUCAUUUGGCUGGUAGGCGACAGUUGGAACAACGGUUGGCAAUGCCUCACCACUCGUCUUCACAACUGCCGUGAUAACUUGACAAACCCUCGUCGCAGUAUUGCCCUUCGCAGUUCUCUUCACUUUCUAGUUCCACAUGAACAAUGA